UAAGCAGUCUUGCUCAACUGCCUCAACAUGGACGUCCCUCUUGAAAUUAGACUUAUCCAAAAGGAGCUUGACAGAUUGAACUCCUUGGAGGAAGCCGCCAACGACCCAUCAUAUCUGACGCCAAUUUCUGUUGCAUUUGGCCCACUCCACCAUCCAAGUGAUGAUGAUGCCGAUUCAAGACUCCACAGAGCUGAGAAGUCCAAGCUACUAUUGGCGGCAAAGUUCAUCAAACACAGUGGCGUAACCAAGGAGGAUUUCUACAACAAUGUCAAGAAGAACUUAAGUAGCUUGAAGAAGUGCUAUGAGCAGAAUGAACAAGAUAAGUGGAAGGGGAAAUGGGAUGAUGAGGACUUGGCUUGGAUUUUCCUUGUGGAUGGCUGUGUGGUGUUCUAUUGGGAGAAACUGCUGAUGAGCUUGUGCACUAGGGUCCCUCGCAGGGAAUUGGAUGGUAAAGACGAGGGAGGUGAUUCUUCUCACACAGAUAAUGGAAACUGCCGACGGUUGAUGGAUUCUCUCCAACGUUUCGUUAAUAUGAAUGCCAUGAGCCUAGAGGAGCCACGACAAACAUAUAUAUUAAUUUCUGAUGAUCAUGAGUUUGAUUCUCAAAGUCGACAAGAUCAGCCGCAGCAGCCGCAGAAAGAGCCUGCUCAGCAGCAGCAGCUGCAGCAGCGGUGGCGGCAGGAAGAACCUGCUCAUCUUUUGGAACUGUUGCUCACAGAGCUGAUUGGAGUCAAAUUGAGAAAUCAGGGUGAGAAACAGGAACAGGAUGAGCAGUGUCACGGGAUUGAAUUUCGCGACAGUUAUUGCAUAGCAACUCUUAAGCUGCAUCCCAUUUUGGUGGACGACUCCACGAUUCCUAAGUUGCUGAAUCUUAUAGCAUACGAGAUGUGUCCAGAUUUCAUAAACGACUACGAGAUCACCACUCAUGGGGGACUCCUAGACUCCUUGAUCGAUAGAGAAGAGGAUGUGAAGGAACUGAGAGUUACCGCCGUGCUGCACAACGGAUUGGGAAGCGAUGCAGCAGCAGCACAGCUGUUCAACAGGAUGAGCAGCAACCUGGUGCCAAAUGUUGAGCUACAGUACUAUUCAGACCUGCAACGUUGCAUCCAAGUACACUGCAACAGUGCAUGGGCCAGCGACUUGGCUCAACUCUAUCACACCUUUUUCAGGACUCCCUGGAGCUUCUUGGUCUUCCUCGGUGCCUUGGUGGGUCUUGUUUUAACUGGUCUGCAGACUUAUAAGGAGUUCAACGAAAAUCCAGCUCCAACAUUCAUUGCACCAGGGAAAAAACAACAAGCAUGCAGAAGCUACUCUGUAGCACCACUAGGCCGGUGCAACUUGGUCAACAUGGCCACAAGUCAACAAAAAUGGCCACUAAAUUCUACAAAACUGCUAACUCCCAACUGCACUUUACUUUUCAUUUAUUGCCUUUCGUUAGAUUUUGCCUAUAAAUAGCCAUGUUCUCACCAUUGUAUGUAUCAAGUUUCAAUCAAAAUUUCAGUUUAUA